AUGACAGCUGUCAGAGAAAUAGAAAAGGCGAGAUCAGAAAGAAGGGUUUCUUCAGGGGCCAGAGCUGUCAUUUUCUUCUGUUCUUUUGCUGUUUUCUGCCUUUUUCUGCUCACAAUUCACGGUGAAAGCAGAAGCAGCUAUUUCAUGGAGCCUCCGUCGCCAACCACGUUAUUACGCACAGAAAGUGCAAGUACUUUCAGAACCAGAAGGGCAUUGUUUCAUGGAUCAUCGUCUUCAACAAAAGCUCAAACUUCCAUCUACGAGGAGGACAAGAGAUUAAUUCGUACUGGUCCGAACCCUCUUCAUAACUAG